CUCUAUAACGUAUGGUAGACUACAGGCAACAAACCGUUUCGCCUUCCUAAAUUCUUUUUGUAAUUAUUUGUACGUCUGGUCAAGCAUUGUAGAAUGUAGCCUACACUCCGUUCUUUCAAUCAAAUGCAAGCAAAACCAAGUAUAUGCCGUUACUUGUUUCAAACGACGCGAUUUUGUUAGUGAAGUGAAAAAUUGCAAACAGUCGACACGUGAUUAAAGAUAAAAAAUAAUACAAAUUAGUUUUUACGUUUAUUGGUGCUUGUUUUUGUGAAAAUCUAUAAGGAUGGCUCACCGACUACGACGGCUGACAGACAAAGAGAUAGCCUGUGCACUGCAAGAUGAUUCUGCAAGUGAAGAUGGUCUCGACCUUGAUGACGAUAGUUUGGCUGACCCUGACUUUGACCCGGAUUUAGGAGAGUUGAAUGAAGAGUCUAUGGGAGUCGAAUUUAAUAUGGAUGAUUUAGUAGACUACUUAAACGAUGACGACUAUAACUCUAACCAUGAGGUAGAAGUAGAUCCGAUAACGUCUAGUUCAGACAUUCCAGGUACUUCAGGUCCUCCCGCUAAACGGCGAAAGCCUGAAAAGCUUACAUUACUGUGGAAAAAAAAGAAUCUGGAGCUGAAUGCACAGCAGCUGGCUUUCACUGGCAACGUGUCAUUGCGUUCUGAUAUAUUGGAACUCNCGUCGUAG